AUGUCUGGAUUAAAUCCUUUCCGCCCUAAGAAGCCCGAGAAUACCACCUUCGCUGCUCCUGCUCCUGCUCCGGCACCUUCUCUACCUCAGUCUCUGCCUCAGCCCUCCUUCACCUCGUAUCCCUCGAAACCCGCUCCCUCCGUGACCUUCCCUUCCACCUCGUUCCGCUCUGUCCCUCGAACCCCUCCCGCAUCCUUGACCCCGGAUCCCGACGAUACGGCCUCCUCCGAUGACCAGUCUACUUCAGACCCCUUCCACCAGCAGUCGUAUGCGACCGAUGACGAUGGAGAGGCGGAGGAAGAGGAGGACAUUGAUGAAUUAGAUUCCAAACGCACCUACCAGGUCGCUCACCCACCUUCCCGGGACGAUGAUCGCUCCCUGCCAUCGAUCAGGACCGUUCCAGACCCAGCCUUAUCCUCCAGGAGAUCCGCGCCGCCCGCAGCCAUUACGCUCCCAGCACAGAGGAGCACCCAUGAUCGUCCAGUAGACCCGGAACAGGCUGGCACACCUCGCGAGAAUGCGCCCGUAGCUGGUUCGAAUGUGUCGACGCGUUCAUCCACGUCUUACGGAGGCACCCGGACGCCCGACAGCAGCUCCACGGAUGUAUCUCGACCGUCCGACCUGCGUAUUGGUCCAGCUACUCGAGCUGGGUCGGGCUUGACCCCAUCAUUAGAUCCUAGUUCACGUCCUCUUGCCAGCCGUCCAGGUAACAGGGACCGGGUACCUCCGCCUCCGCCCAAGAGUCAUCAUGGGAAACGAAUCGCCCCUAGCCCUGGUAUCACACCCUCGUUCGCCCAAACUACCCCUAGCAAGACGACCAACCGCUUCUCUUUCCAUGGCUCCCCAUCUGAGCCAUCAUACUCCCCCCGACCCUCCCAACCAGGGUCCGACUACUUCUCCGCAAAGCCCAAAGAUGAGCCGCGGUCGACUGAGCAGUCGGCGGAGUCCCUUCGGCGGAGUCAAUCGCAGCACAAGCGACCGCCAACUCCACCGCUAAGCCGACGACACAGCCAGAUGAGACGGUCGAAGACCACAAUGUCCAAAGUCAACCCAUUGCGGUUAUCCAUCCAUGUGGCACAGGACUCAAGCGCGGCAUCAUCGUCAUCAUCUCCGCCGUCCAGUCCAGGCGGCUGGUCUCUGAACCCAUCACGAACUCGAGAGUCUCGCGCGGGCAGUAAUCCGUCCGAGGAGCCCAUGCAUACUGCGACCUCAACCCUGCGCCCGGAACCCUCUGCAGCCGCACCAGUGUCGCCCACAGAAAUGUCACAUCCGACGUCAACAGGAUCGUCGACGAAGCGGACUUCGCUUUACAACCCACUUCCCCCACCUCCGCCGCCGCGACGCUCUCGCGGAUCCAGCAACCACAGCAUUGACAGCACUGGUCAGAGUCUCCGAUCGGGCAGACCAGCCGACGAGACAACAGCGGCACCAACAGCGCCAGUAACACAGGACGAAUUCGUCCCACAUCCAUCAAACGCGCAUGACAUUCUGGCCGAUUUGACCCGGUUACAGAAAGAAGUAGACGAUUUGCGCGGGCAUUACGAGAGCCGAAAGGCCAGCCAAUAG